AUGGCUGAGCAGAUUGAACGUGCUUAUCAGAAGCAGAAACUACUAGGUAAGAAGGGGUCACGUUAUUACAAAUCCAUCGGCCUGGGCUACAAAACCCCGAAAGAGGCUAUCUUUGGCACCUACAUCGAUAAGAAAUGUCCCUUUACGAGUGACGUCACAAUUCGCGGUCGUAUUCUUACUGGAACCGUUCGCAAGAUGAAGAUGAACCGUACUAUUGUAAUUCGUCGUGAUUACAUGAAGUACGUCAAGAAAUACAAGCGUUUUGAGAAGCGACAUAAGAAUAUGUCCGUUCAUAUGUCCCCAUGCUUCCGCGAUGUCCAAGUGGGUGAUACGGUCACUUGCGGUGAAUGCAGGCCACUUAGCAAGACUGUGAGCUACAACGUUAUCAAAGUGUCGAAGGCAAGCGGCUACAAGUCGAAGAAGGGGUUCAAUAAGUUCUGA